AAAUAAUACGUUAUUUUUUUAUAUCUGCUAAAAUCUUAAGAGAAACAUGGCUACGAAAUUAUCAUCAAAAGAAUUUUCUUUGAGAUGGAAUGACUUUUGCAACAACUUGACUUCAGGCUUUCUUUCUCAUUUGAAUGAGAACAAUUUGGUUGAUGUAACAAUCGCUGUAGAGGGACAAUUGUUAGCUGCCCACAAGCUAGUUCUGUCUGUAUGCAGUCCUUACUUCAAAAAUAUAUUCAAGGAGAAUCCUUGUCAACAUCCAGUGAUAAUACUGAAAGAUGUAAAGCACACAGAAGUAAUAUCUCUGCUCAAGUUCAUAUAUCAAGGAGAGGUGAAUAUAAAACAGGAUGAACUGUCUACUUUCCUAAAAGUUGCGCAGAUGCUGCAAAUAAAAGGAUUAGAAGGUGGCGAGGGACACAUCAUACCAUUGUUAAAUGAUUAUGUCAAUGUGUCAGAUCCGCAUGAUUUGAAGGAUGUAACUGCUUUAUCUGAUGUUCUAUGCGAGCAAGAAGGCAAGAACAAAACUCCAGAUGAAUCUGUACACUCUCGCAGGAUAGCUAACAGGAAUACUAAAACGAGAAAGAAACAGGUGGUCAAGGACAAUUAUAAUUCGAUCAAAAAGUUAAAAAAUGAAUCAAAUGUUGAUAGCAAGGACGAUAUUUGUCUCUUGUCAGAUAAUGAUGAAAAAUCAGAUAAUGUGAAUGAUUCCAAUUAUGAAAAGGAUAUCAGAUGUAACAAGACUAGUAAGGCUAUUGAUAAUAGUGAAAAAAUAAUUGAGUUGUCUAAUGAACAAAAUUUGGAAGGAACAUCAUUACUACAGUCAGAUGUAGAACCAGUGAUCUACAGACUAUCUGCCAGAGGUAGACCACAGUUGGUCCAUGAAGGAUACGUGUAUAACAUGACCUCUCGUUCUAAAGUAUAUAAUAGCUCACACUACCGUUGUGCAGAGCAGCAUCGCGGUUGCCGCGGUAAAUGCUCUGUGAUCGCUGAGAGAUUCAUGCCAACGGGAGUGCACGAACACAAUCAUCCACCGAGUUAUCAAUCAGAAUACAAUUACCGGAAAAAGAAGGGUUUAGACACUGAAAUCGGAGAAAGACUGGUCCAAUGAUGCAUUUAAAAACAUAUUUAAAUCAAGAUAAGUUUAGUCUUCGUUUGUGCAUGUGUGUGUGUGUGCUACGUUUGAUUGUGCAUGCACGCACAACAUCAAUAUCUAGCAAACAGAUAACAUGUUUAGUCGGAAAGAGAUAAAUUUUUAUUUCAAUCUGGAUAAAA